GGCCGAGCACGUUGGUCAACCACACAAGUGACAAAGGCGGACGCCUAAACUCUGUGGAAGUAGCAGCAAAGGGCUUUAGGUGUUCUCACCGCUCCGAAAACCGAGUCCUCUGCGUUGAACAAAGGUAUAAAAUCGCCACUCGCGGAAACUUCGACGGGUGGCGACGACGACAACGAGCUGCUUGGCGGCACCCUGGAUGCUGAAUGUCUUGCGAGCUGCUGUGUACAAUAUCUGGCUCUGAGCAUCACGGGAGUGGCAUACUACCUCUCCAAAUGAUAUCCGUUCCAACCACGGCGGGACAAGCAGGGUGAGCACAAAGGCAUGAAGCAGAGAUCUCAAUCGGAAGACAGGUUUCCGCGUGGUAGCAUGGCGCGUUACACAGUCGACGAUUCAGCGGUGGUCUUCGCAGCAGAGGGCCUGUUGUGGCAGCCGUACCGCGGAUCCAGGCAGGGCCGUCCCACGACAAAGACCAUCAGAUGGAAUACGUGUCUCCUCCUUGGCUCUAUAACUAGGGUGAAGACGUGGUGGUGGCAAACUCGUGUUGUCCUCUCGCUGAUUUCACCAUCGGGAUGUUCUCCCCGAAAUACAGGCGAAAACGUCAGCUGUUACGAAAGGUCCAAGCGGCACAUUUGAGGUCCAGCUGCUGGGCCGCCCGCAAGAUCAGACCCCAGUGGCCAAACGUCAGCCUUUCCUUGGUGGCAGGUCCAAGCACCGUGUCCUGCGCGAUGCAUUCCAGCCACAGGCAAUUGUAUUUGCUUCCGGAU